GGCAUAUCCUUUAACGCCUGACAUAAAAUGCACCUUCAGGUAGAAAAGCAAUGUAUUUUGUUGUUUGAAAGAUAUACAAAAGCCUUAAACGACAUCAUGUAGACUUAAAUAUUUGGACUUUUUCUUUAUCAAUCUCGUGGCGUGGCAGAGAUUGACGUCAUUAAACACAGGCAAUAUUAUGGGCACCUCCAAUGAAUGUUUACUUAUGAAUCGGACGAAAUGUUUGAAUUCUCCAGGAUGGAAUAUUGUCAGCAUUACAUUUCAACAAAUGAACACAAAUGAAUGUUUCUUGGUGACAUUGGAGACAAUUUAGCCGUCUUUGGCGUUCAUGAAAGCCCGUUGAAUGGCGGAGGAGGUGGAAAACUUCUUUGGCGUCUACAUGCUAUACUGCCUCAACCCCAAAUUUAAAGGGCGAAUCUACAUCGGCUUCACGGUGAACCCUGAACGCAGGAUUCGACAACAUAACGCCGGGCGACACAAAGGAGGUGCCAAGAGGACCAGCGGUAAAGGACCAUGGGAGAUGGUCCUCGUCAUACAUGGCUUUCCCUCGGACAUUGCUGCCUUGACAUUUGAGUGGGCGUGGCAAAACCCGCACUCCUCCAGGCGUCUGGCCCACGUCUCCCGCCGCACCAGGAAGGAGUCCAGCCUGCAGUUCCACUGGCGCGUGGUCUCCAACAUGCUGCGCGUGGCCCCAUGGAGCAGGCUCCCGCUGACGGCCCGCUGGCUCAAGCAGGAGUACAAAGUGGACUUUGAGCCCGCUCUGCGCCCACCGCCGCACGUCUCCGUCACCUUCGGGCCUGUCCGAGCCAAGAAGCAGCGGCUGGUGGACACGUGUGAAGAGCAGGAGGUGACUUCCAGGUGUUUUCUCUGCCAAGGCCUGGUCAUGACUCGAGAAAAGCUCAGUUGCGUCCACGCGUCGUGCGGAAUGCGCAGCCACGUGAUCUGCCUGGCCAAGCGUUUCCUGCGGCCCGAGCCGUCCCACCUGCUGCCCGUGGAGGGCCGCUGUCCGUCCUGCCGCCGCGCCGUGCUAUGGGGGGACCUCAUCCGACUCAAGCGAGGUUGCGCCGACUUGACCGCAUCCCACGUAAGUCACCCUGACGCUAUUCACACGCAUCAAGCAUGUCCACUCAUGUUGGCUCAUUUAACGGGAAAUCUCUUCAUGGGGACUUUCCGUCUCCCACAGGACAAGUGGACAAAUGAACUGGAGACAAGAAAUAGCCCAUUUCCAACAAUCCAGUUCCCCGCCCACAUUAUUUAAGACUUCUUUGAUCAGGAACUGUCCUUCACAAUCAUGUUUAUUGAUUUGUUUUGAAUGCUUUUUACGACAUAAUAAAAUGUGUUUUAUUUAA